CUUCGUCGUCUUCAUCCUGAUCCGGUCUAUCCCCAACUUCAUCCAAACCCCCUCACCCAUCGUCGACUUUGCAUUUCAGACUGCAUUUUAGAGUUAUAAGUCACUGGCCGCUGCACCUGUACUUGUGUUACAUCUCCACAGCCGGUAUCUCGUAGCUCACUUGCGGGAGGCUUCCGUUCUCUGUUAUUUUAGCUCGCGGCGCGAUCCAUCGUCCGCCCUUUCAAAAAGACCAACCCACCAACCAACAUCCAACUGGCCCGGCAUUCGCCCAAACCCCAUCGAAGAGACUGUCUUUCUUCCGUAUAUAUAUAUAGAAUUAUCUCUCCCACCAAUAAACCUGUUUCUCCAGAUGGUGCCACAGCAGAAUCAUCUCCAGUGACCUAAUGUGGUUGAAGUCGAGGAUCAACCAACCACAUGCCCCUAAAUCUCGCUUUUUGGCGCCUCCCUCUUUACAACAACUUCACCUCGACUCUCCUUAGCCACGCAGAUUUUCGUUGACUGAUCUAUGGUUUAAUACAAACCACUUCUACCUUUCCGAUUAUUAUUCAAUCCUUUGACAUAGACGCUCGUUAACCAGCCAUGGCUAGCAAUAGCCCAUCUGAUUCCCCAUUGCAGCAGCUGGAAAAACCGCGAUCGCGAAAUCUGACUCCAUCUCCCCGCAUCGCCCAUUUUCACGGAGAACUCACUCCUGUCUUGUCGCCUCUCGAUGCAUUUGCCUUGCAGGGACGGCUUUUGGCCAAACAGCUCGAUGAGUCGAAAAAAAGCGGAAGGCGCAUGAGCCGGUUGCCCCCCGCAAGCGUUGCCAGAUCCUUAUCCCAACCAAGACCGGGUUACUACCGAGCACAUUCCUCCGGCGAGUCGAGUAAUACGACACCUGUCAGUCCAGAAGGCAGGAGUCAUGGUCGCAAUGGAGAAGUGGAGGAGCCUGCAGUGAGGCCAAACUCGCAGCAUCCGAUGCUGAGUCGACUACCAGGCCAGAAUCUGGCUUCAGAUCCGGACAGUGACCACGAACGCAAUACCACAGCAGCGGCCCCAGACGUUCCGCCAAUCCCAGCCAGCGCUUUUGGGGAUCCCCCCCGUGCAGAAUCACCCGAGGACGCAUCGUGGUUCCACUCAGAUGGAGAGACCGAACAAGAACUCCCAACAAAGCCAUCCCCAGAUCCUUAUGAUAUCCCAUCAGCGACCCGGACCCGGGAAGCAGCUGAGAGUUCCGCUGCGAAACGAAAUGUUUCGAAUAACCUUGCACCUCCAAGUUCCUCUGCUAAACGGUCAGCAGGGAGCCCUGGACUGCCACAGCACGAGAGCUCAGACGACGACUACUUCACCAGUUCAACAGCAGGGUCAACCUACUCAAAACCAAGAAAGCUGUCUUCAAGCAGCGGAAUGUCCAUGCCUCAGUCUCCCGUGACACAUUUUACCCGACCCCAUCCCCAAUCGCCUUCUUCAGCUUCCGAAAAUUCCCCCAUACCAAACCCACUUCAACGUCCUUCCUUCAACUUUUCACGGCCAUUGAGUAGAUCUAGCACUACCAUUUCAAUGCCAUCCCCUUCACUUUCCGGGCAUGAACAACUAGAUGAAUAUCAAUCCCGGACUAUGAACCGGGGGAAUCGCCCAUCUCCAAUUACUGUGCCAAAGUUGUCUGAUUCUCCAGCUGACGAUGCUCAAACUUCGGCGCCAACCACUUACAUCUAUGCGAAGUAUGCUCUUCCCCGGGGGAGAUCUCUUUCACGUAAUUCUCUCGUGUUUACUGGCCUUCAAACUCCACAUUUCGAGUGGAAUGAGCCACUUUUCGAAAGCUCCCCACCCCCAAGCGCGGCUGGGAGAGAGACAUUCGAGCAGACUCCUCCGUCACCUUCCGCAACCCAUGCUCACCCUCCUGCUACUGAAGCACCGCCGAAGCAGGAAUCGCCGUUAAAACCGAAGACACCAACGGAGUCGGAACGAAAGUUGAAAAGUACGGCCUCACUGAAACAUGAAUACGCUCCACGGAAACCAGGCAAGCUUGUUAAACGGCCUGAUCGAACACCUCCAAAAAGACACUCCUUUGAUCAAGGAACCCGAAAAACUCUGGCCCUGGCAAAAUCUAACUCGAGUAGUAGACUUUCUAUCGCCCCCAAAUCGGAAGCCCAAGAUGACACCCUAACGAUAUCCACGGACUCCAAUGCCACACUUCGACCCCACACUAGCCGUAGUGUCGGACCUCCACCAGCCACUACCCUAUCCGCUGAAGAUCAUGUUGCAAAAGGCAUAAAAUGUCAUGAAAACGGUUCCCUAAACGAGUCCACCUAUCACCUUCGAAUCGCAGCCAUGCAAAAUGAGCCAACGGGUAUGCUUUUAUACGCUCUCGCCUGUCGCCAUGGAUGGGGCAUGCGGCCCAACCAGCGAGAAGGCGUUCAGUGGCUCCGUAAAGCUGCCGAUUCUGCCAUUCUAGAAGCUAACAGCUCUGAACCACACGGGAGAAAUAUCCAAGAGGACAAAGCCCGCCAGGCGCAAUUUGCACUAAGCAUUUAUGAGUUGGGCGUUAGCCACCUGAAUGGCUGGGGGAUAGAGCAAGACAAGGCGCUGGCUCUGCGCUGCUUCGAAAUAGCAGGCCACUGGGGAGAUGUGGAUGCUCUUGCAGAAGCUGGCUUUUGUUAUGUGGAGGGUCUGGGCUGCAAAAAGGACCUGAAAAAAGCGGCUAAAUACUACCGAAUGGCGGAAAGCAAGGGGAUGAGCAUGGUUGGGAACAGUUGGAUUUACAAACCCAAAUAUAUGUCAGGCGAUGACACGAUGCUACCGACGCCGAGCCUCAACUCCGCUGCACCUGGCCAGGACAAGAAGCCGCUACCCACCAAAUCACGCACUCGGAGCAUUUUCGGGCGCAAGAAAUCCACUGCUGCAACUAACGUUCAUAACGACUCUUGAAAGAUACCCCAAAUAUCAUAUUUACUUCUAAUUACUCGUUUUCCUUUUCCUUUUCCGCGUGUGACUAUUUCCUCCUUGUCUUAUUUCCUCCAUUUCUUUUCUUUUCUUUUAACCACACUUCUUCCCAAUCCCGCCGGUUAUCAAAUCCGAUAUAUUAUAUUUUAUUACCUCUUUUUAUAUUUACACUUCGCCUAUUUCCUCCUUUUCUCUUCCUUUUCCUUUUCAUUUCCUUUCUUCUGACCCAUGACUUACUGCCUGUUUUUUCUUUUUUCUUUUGUCUAUACAUAUUUUGCUUCUACUGCAUAUAUUUUAUAUACUAAUUAUAUUCCCUCUCAUAUUUUGUUUUAUACCGCUGCCUACACAUUCACACGUAUCUGCAGGGGUGCCAACUUUGCGGCCCGGUCCGCGUAGCUAGUCACCUUGGCUUUAUUUUUUAUUUUAUUUUAUUUUAUUUUUCUUUCUCUUUCCUCGUCUGCCUUCACUGUUAUUACCCUUUGAACCGCAAGUGGAAAUGAAGCACGUUGAGGGCUGAAAAUAUAAACUUGCCUUGUAAUUUUUUUGACACUCAUCUAUAAAUAUAUAUUCAACUAUUUUUAUUUGAGUUCAUUUUAUUUUUGCAUACUCAUCAGUGAUUCUUCACAGACAAACAGAAACUAUUGAAAGUGUCUGUUUUGAUUUUAAUUACUUAUCUCUUAAGAUCAUCAUCACUGCUUCUCUCUCACUUUUACUAUUUUUCUAUUUCAUAUCACAUCAAUGCCUGUCUCUGUCUCUUAUCUCUUUCAAGUAUAGAUGAAGUUGAAAAGAUUUUAGAGAAAGAUAAUAUAAGUCAAUG